AUCUCUUCCUUUCACUUCCACCUUCACUCCAUUCCUCAUCCUUCAUGGACGCCGGAUCAACCACCGGCCUCGUCGCCGGCUCCCAUCGUCGCAAUGAAUUGCAUGUCAUGCAUGGCUUUGAUGAGACUAAUAAGCAAAUAAGUCAUGCUAACUCAAAGAUUUGCCGAGUUUGUGGAGAUGAGAUUGGAGUGAAGGACAAUGGUGAAGUCUUUGUUGCAUGUUCUGAGUGUGGUUUCCCUGUUUGCAAGCCUUGUUAUGAGUAUGAAAGGACUGAAGGGAAUCAAGCUUGUCCUCAAUGCAACAUUCGCUACAAACGUCACAAAGGUUGUGUUAGAGUUGAAGGAGAUGAAGAUGAUGCUGCAGAUAUGGAUGAUUUUGAGGAUGAAUUCCAAAUUAAGAGCCCAAAGAAAGCUCAAGAUUUCAACUCGGAGAAUGGAGAGCAAACUCAACAAUGGCCUCCCCAUAGGCCUGCUUUUUCAUCCAUUGCUGGUAGUGUUGUUGGUAAAGAUUUGGAUGCUGACAGAGAACUAGAAGGAAACUUGGAAUGGAAGGAUAGAGUUGAGAAAUGGAAGGCAAAGCAAGAGAAGAGAGGAUUGAUAAGCAAAGAUGAUGGAGGUGAUAAUGACAACGAAGAAGAUGACGUCUUAAUGGCAGAAGCACGCCAACCUUUAUGGCGGAAAGUGCCACUUCCAUCAAGCAAGAUCAAUCCCUACCGCAUUGUGAUAAUUUUUCGUCUUGUCAUACUAGCAUUUUUUUUUCGCUUCCGUAUAAUGACUCCGGCGAAAGACGCCUAUCCUCUUUGGCUUAUCUCAGUCAUAUGCGAAAUAUGGUUUGCCCUCUCAUGGAUUCUCGACCAAUUUCCCAAAUGGUUUCCUAUCAAUAGAGAAACUUACCUUGAUCGUCUUUCUAUGCGGUUCGAGCGAGAAGGCGAGCCGAACCGCCUAUUGCCAGUAGAUGUAUUUGUUAGUACUGUCGAUCCUUUGAAGGAGCCACCAAUCAUCACUGCCAACACAGUUCUUUCGAUACUCGCACUCGAUUACCCUGUUGACAAAGUAAGUUGCUAUGUAUCAGAUGAUGGUGCAUCGAUGCUUUUAUUCGACACAUUAUCGGAGACAGCAGAGUUUGCUAGGAGAUGGGUGCCAUUUUGUAAGAAGUACACAAUUGAGCCAAGGGCUCCAGAGUUCUACUUCUCACAAAAGAUUGACUACUUGAAGGACAAAGUGCAACCAACCUUUGUCAAGGAGAGAAGAGCCAUGAAGAGGGAAUAUGAAGAAUUCAAAGUGAGGAUCAAUGCAUUGGUGGCCAAAGCUCAGAAGAAACCAGAAGAAGGAUGGGUGAUGCAGGAUGGCACACCAUGGCCAGGCAACAACACCAGAGAUCAUCCAGGCAUGAUCCAGGUGUAUCUUGGAAGUGCAGGUGCUUUAGAUGUGGAAGGCAAAGAGUUACCUCGUCUUGUCUAUGUUUCAAGAGAGAAGAGACCUGGUUACCAACAUCACAAGAAAGCUGGUGCCAUGAAUGCAUUGGUGAGAGUAUCAGCAGUAUUGACUAAUGCACCAUUCAUGCUGAACUUGGACUGUGAUCACUACAUCAACAACAGCAAGGCAGUUAGAGAAGCAAUGUGCUUCCUCAUGGAUCCUCAGCUAGGGAAGAAGCUUUGCUACGUCCAGUUCCCUCAGCGUUUCGACGGUAUUGAUCGACAUGAUCGAUAUGCCAAUCGGAACGUUGUCUUCUUCGAUAUUAACAUGAGAGGACUAGAUGGAAUUCAAGGUCCGGUGUACGUCGGAACUGGUUGUGUAUUUAACAGGCAAGCAUUGUAUGGUUAUGAUCCUCCGGUGUCGGAGAAGCCGAAGAAGAUGACAUGUGAUUGUUGGCCAUCAUGGUGUUGCUGCUGCUGUGGAGGGAGUAAAAGAAAGUCGAAAACAAGAAAAGAAAGAAAUGGAAUGGGAUUGGGAGGACUGUUAAAGAUAGGGAAGACAAAGAAGAAGAUGCAAAUGGGGAAGAAGAAGGGUUAUGCAAAGAGAGGGUUUGAUUUAGAAGAGAUUGAAGAAGGAUUGGAAGGGUAUGAGGAGUUGGAGAAGUCAUCACUUAUGUCACAGAAGAACUUUGAGAAAAGGUUUGGGCAGUCGCCGGUGUUCAUUACUUCAACGUUGAUGGAGGAUGGAGGGUUGCCGGAGGGUGUGAACACGGCCGGGUUGAUCAAGGAAGCCAUUCAUGUCAUUAGUUGUGGAUAUGAGGAGAAGACAGACUGGGGGAAAGAGAUUGGAUGGAUAUAUGGAUCAGUUACAGAGGACAUCCUGACAGGCUUCAAGAUGCAUUGCAGAGGCUGGAAAUCAGUAUAUUGCAUGCCUGAAAGACCAGCAUUCAAAGGUUCAGCACCAAUCAAUCUUUCUGAUAGGCUUCAUCAAGUACUACGUUGGGCUCUUGGCUCUGUUGAAAUUUUCCUUAGUAGACAUUGUCCUCUUUGGUAUGGUUAUGGUGGCAAUCUCAAAUGGCUUGAGAGGUUUGCAUAUAUUAACACCAUUGUUUAUCCCUUCACUUCCAUCCCUCUUCUUGCUUAUUGUACCAUUCCUGCUGUUUGUCUCCUUACCGGAAAGUUCAUCAUUCCCACCUUGACAAAUUUUGCGAGCAUAUGGUUUAUGGCUCUGUUUCUCUCCAUUAUCGCUACCGGAGUGUUAGAACUCCGGUGGAGUGGAGUUAGCAUUCAAGAUUGGUGGAGAAACGAGCAAUUCUGGGUCAUUGGUGGUGUCUCAGCUCAUCUCUUCGCCGUCUUCCAAGGUCUUCUGAAGGUCCUCGGUGGUGUCGAUACUAACUUCACUGUCACAGCAAAGGCGGCCGAAGAUUCAGAGUUCGGUGAUCUAUAUCUCUUCAAAUGGACCACUCUUCUUAUCCCACCAACCACAUUGCUUAUAAUAAACAUGGUCGGUGUUGUGGCCGGAGUUUCUGAUGCUAUUAACAAUGGAUAUGGAUCAUGGGGGCCAUUGUUUGGGAAGCUCUUUUUUGCAUUUUGGGUCAUUGUUCAUCUUUAUCCCUUCCUUAAGGGGUUGAUGGGGAGACAGAACAGGACACCUACCAUUGUUGUGCUUUGGUCUGUUCUUCUUGCUUCCAUCUUCUCUUUGGUUUGGGUGAGAAUUGAUCCAUUCUUGCCUAAACAACAAGGGCCUAUACUCAAGCAAUGUGGAGUUGAGUGUUAGAGGAAUAAGAGAGAGAUAUAUAUGGUGUCUCACAUUUCAUAUAUACUCUCUGUCUCUGUGUAUUUAAUCUGUAUGAAGAACUUUGUGAAGUUUUGCUUGUGUGAAUUGUGACUUUAAUUUGGAUGUAAUCAACUCUCAAUCUUAUUUUUGUCAUCAGAAACAUUAUAUAUACAUUUUU